AUGGCUGCGGCGUCCAGUGUCUCAUCGUCUGCUACUAUUGCCACCAUUUGUUUCCAGCGAGCAUCCAUUGAGUCUCUUGAAGCAGGUGCAUGCCAAUAUGCCCAAGCUUCAGGAAGCGAGAAAUCGGCAUAUUGGCGCAUCACAGUGCCGUGUGUUGUUGCCAGGUACACGGGCGACAUUGGCAGUUUGGAUGUGGAUGCACUGCCUCUGCCACUUCCUGCAAAAGACCACUACGCGAUGGUACUUUUGGCACGUAUCCUUGGAGCCAAUGAAGGACUCUUGAGCAAUGCAAUCCGUGACAAGGGCCUGGGUUACUCGCCAAAGCUGCUGUAUGAUAGUACGAUGCAGACGUGCACCCUGGUGUGCAACAAGACCUCAAAUAUAGGCGAAGCAUAUGAUGUGCUGAAAGACUGCGCUGCUGGAAAUCAGGAGCAGCUGGGACCAGCAGAAUUGAUAGGUUCAAGCUCGAGGUGGCAAGCCAAGCACCGGUGGGCCAACGAGCAUCUGCGCGCAGUGACGCUAGACGACUUGCGGCAUGUCUUCAACACAUUUGUGAUGCCCCUUGUUGACCGUGAGCAGUCGCCAGCAAUCACAGUCGUUAUCUCAUCGGACGAUAGCUGCAGCGGGAUUGGCGAGCAAGCUCUCGAGAGCAAGCAGCUCGAGGCACUCUUCGAUUAG